UCUGUUCAGCUGUUGUGGACGAAGAUGGCGGCGUGUAGACGUGUUCAGCUGCUGCUCCUCAUGUCGCUCUGUCUUCUCUCCGUAAAGGCUCUUAAACCUCCGCAAAGCUUCGGGAAUGUCCAUCCUCCGGCCUUUGCUAUGCACCAGCAGCUGAGAGCCGCGGCUCCGAAUCCCGGGAAAAACGCCGCCGUCGCCGCUGCUGCUGUGUCCUCCGGCUCUCAGUCCAGGAGAUCCACCGGCUGGAAGCUGGCAGAAGAGCAGGCCUGCCGGGACGACGUGACCCGGCUCUGUCCCAAACACACCUGGACUAAUAACCUGUCCGUGCUGGAAUGCCUGCAGGACAAGAAGGAGGAGACGGAGAUUGCUGCCGACUGUAACCAUUUGUUGUGGAACUACAAGCUGAAUCUCACUACAGAUGCCAAGUUUGAGUCUGUGGCACUGGAAGUGUGCACAAGCACCAUGUUAGAGUUGAAAGAGUGUGCCGAUGAGGAGAGGGGGAAAGGCUAUCUGAUGUCCUGCCUGGUGGAUCACCGCAGCAACAUCACGGAACGCCAGUGCCAUCAAUACAUCACCAAGAUGAUCACCAUCAUCUUCAGCGACUAUCGGCUUAUUUGUGGCUUCAUGGACAAAUGCAGAGAAGACAUCAACACCUUGCAGUGUGGAAGCAUCAGCGUUGGAGAAAAAGACCUGCACUCUCAAGGUGAGGUGAUCGCGUGUCUGGAGAGAGCUGUGGUGAGAGAGGCAGAGCAGCAGGAAAAGUCCCAUCAAAUCAAGGACGACUGUAAGAAGGCCAUCAUGAGGGUUGCUGAAUUGUCAGCCGAUGACUUCCACCUCGACCGCUACCUCUACUUCUCCUGCCGAGACGACCGGGAACGCUUUUGUGAAAACACCCAAGUGGGAGAGGGCAGAGUGUACAAAUGUCUGUUCAACCAUAAAUUUGAAGAAGCAAUGUCAGAAAAGUGCAGAAACGCCCUGACCACUCGGCAGAAGCUCAUUGCCCAGGAUUAUAAGGUCAGUUACUCCCUCGCCAAGGCCUGUAAGGCUGAUCUACGCAAAUACCACUGUAACCCGGACACCAGCAUGCCCCGGGCCAGAGAGGCCAGACUCUCCUACCUCCUGCUUUGCCUGGAGUCUGCAGUUCACAGAGGCCGUACAGUGACCGGAGACUGUCAGGGUGAGAUGGUGGACUACAGACGGAUGCUGAUGGAGGAUUUCUCUCUGAGUCCAGAGAUCGUGUUGCACUGUCGAGGAGAGAUCGAGGCACACUGCUCUGGACUGCACCGCAAGGGCCGAACGCUCCACUGUCUCAUGAGAGUGGCCCGCGGAGACAAGGGCAUGGUGGAUAUCCUCUGCCAGACAGCACUCCAGACUCUAAUACAAUCAGCAGACCCUGGUGCUGAUUACCGGAUCGAUCGAGCUUUGAAUGAAGCCUGUGAGUCUGUGAUACAGACGGCCUGCAAACAAAUCCGCAGCGGAGACCCAAUGAUUCUCUCGUGUCUAAUGGAGCACCUGUAUACAGAGAAGAUGGUCCAGGACUGUGAAAAUCGACUGCUGGAGCUCCAGUACUUCAUCUCAAGAGACUGGAAGCUUGAUCCUAUCUUAUAUCGGAAAUGUCAGAACGAUGCAUCCAGACUCUGCCACACACCGGGCUGGAAUGAGAGCAGUGAGCUGAUGCCUCCCAGCGCUGUGUUUUCCUGCUUGUACCGACACGCCUACCGGACAGAAGAGCAGGGCAGAAGGCUCACACGAGACUGUAAGGUAGAAGUCCAGAGAAUUCUUCAUCAGAGAGCUCUAGAUGUGAAGCUGGACCCAGAGCUACAGAAACGCUGCAUGACCGACCUGGGAAAAUGGUGUAGUGAGAAGACUGACACUGGACAGGAGCUGGAGUGUUUGCAGGACCAUCUAGAAGAUCUGGUGGCAAACUGCAGAGAUGUGGUGGGCAACAUGACGGAAUUGGAAUCUGAGGACAUUCAGAUUGAAGCCCUGCUGAUUCGAGCCUGUGAACCUGUCAUCCAGAACCACUGCCACGAUGUAGCAGAGAAUCAGAUAGACACAGGGAAUCUUUUGGAAUGCCUAGUACAGAACAAACAUCAACGAGAAAUGAAUGAUAAAUGUGCUGUUGGCGUAACUCACUUCCAGCUGGUUCAGAUGAAGGACUUCCGUUUCUCCUACAAGUUCAAAAUGGCCUGUAAGGAGGACGUACUCAAACUCUGCCCUAACAUAAAGAAGAAGACGGAUGUGGUCAUCUGUUUGAGCACCACGGUGAGAAACGACACUCUGCAGGACGUGAAAGAUCAGCGAGUGUCUUUGAAAUGCCGGAAACAGCUGAGAGUGGAAGAGCUGGAGAUGUCGGAAGACAUUCGAUUGGAACCUGAGCUGCAUGACGCAUGCAAGAAGGAUAUCAACAAGAUUUGUUCCUCUGUUGCCUAUGGAAAUGCUCAGAUCAUUGAGUGCCUGAAGGAGAACAAGAAGCAGCUGUCUCAGGUGUGUCACCAGAAGAUCUUUAAAUUGCAGGAAACUGAAAUGAUUGACCCUGAACUGGACUACCAGCUAAUGAGAGUGUGCAAGCAGAUGAUAAAGCGUUUUUGCACAGAGUCGGAUGCUAAGAACAUGCUGCAGUGUCUAAAGCAGAAUAAGAACAGUGAGCUGAUGGAUCCCAAGUGUAAGCAGAUGAUCACAAAAAGACAGAUCACUCAGAACACAGACUACAGACUGAACCCAGUGUUGAGGAAGGCUUGUAAAGCAGACAUCCCCAAGUUCUGUCAGAAUAUUCUCAACAAAGCCAGUGACGCCAAUGAACUGGAGGGUCAAGUCAUAUCCUGCCUUAAACUCAAGUAUGCAGACCAGCGUCUGUCUUCAGACUGUGAGGAUCAGAUUAGAGUGAUUCUUCAGGAGUCUGCGCUCGACUACCGGCUGGAUUCACAGCUUCAAGCUCACUGCAGUAAUGAGAUCUCGCGUCUGUGUGCAGAGGAAGCGGCGGCACAGGAGCAGACGGGUCAAGUGGAGGAGUGUUUGAAAAACAACCUGCUGAAGAUUAAACAAGAGGAGUGCAAGACGGAGGUGUUGAACAUGCUUAAAGAAAGCAAAGCAGACAUUUUCGUGGAUCCUGUCCUACACACGGCCUGCGCGCUGGAUUUGAAGCAUCACUGUGCUGCCAUUACCCCUGGCAGAGGCAGACAAAUGUCGUGUUUGAUGGAAGCUCUACAGGACAAGCAGGUGCGUCUGCAGCCUGAAUGUAAGAGAAGAUUACAGGACCGUGUUGACAUGUGGAGUUAUGCAGCUAAGGUGGCCCCAGCUGAAGGUUUCUCAGACCUCGCCGUGCAAGUGAUGACGUCACCCUCGAAGAAUUACAUCCUGCUCGUGAUCGCGCUGGCUGUGUCCAUCCUCUUCUUCAUUGGGCUGCUGUGUGGCCGCAUCACCAAACACGUGACCAGAGAACUAAAAGACAGGUAGAGCUAGGACACACCUGACCCACCCUUCCUGUUUCACACCACAUUUCCUGUCCAAGUUGUUCUCUGUACUUAUACUGUACCUACUGAGAGUUUCAGUCCUGUCAGCGGACCUUCUUUGGGCUGGUUUUCCAUGUUUGGAACCCACUGUAGCCAAACGCAACCACUAAAACCCAUCCGAAUACAAAUGCUGAACUUCUAAAACACUCCUAACGUUUUGGGACAUUAUGCCUUGAUUAUGUAUUAUAGUAUAUGUUUUAUUUUUGUUUUUGUUUUGAUUAUGAGAGUGAUGGCCUUAACUUCCUGACUGUAAAAGUGUAAUUUGUCUUCUUUUCCUAUUUUUUUUGAGAAUGUUUGCUCAUAGAUGGGGCUUUAAUCAGUGGCUUACAUGAACAUUCAGAAGCCAGCUUUAUGUUUUUGUUUUGUGGAUCAUCACUUCAGUUUUUUGGGGUUUUUAAAUCAUACGGUGGAGUCCAUUUUGGGUGGGAUUCAUUUUUGGGUGUAGUUAUAUCGUUGUGUGAUGUUUUGGCGAUUGGGAGAAGAGAUGGUUUUCCAGUCUGAAAUGAGGAAUGACAGUUGAUGCCCAAUGUCUCUAAUGAUCCUGAUACAUUAAACGCUGAUCUUAAUCGUCAGGUCAAAGACAUUUGUCAUCUAACUAGUCUAACUAAGGGUGAAUCUUAUGAAAACAUGUCUAGGUCAUUUGACAUUAUUUUCAUGACAAUUAUUAUGCACAUAAGACAUCAUUACAUGCUAAUGAAUGUUAAUGUAGGAUAAACAAAUCCUACGAUGAUGUAUAAAUACUUUUUAAUUUAAAUAAUAUAUAAUUAGUGUUUCUGCAUUACAGUAAGACGAGCAUUGUGGUAAUGAGGAUUUGGUGCAAACUUCGAUGCAAAUUGUAUUUCAUGGUCCUUAAAAUAGGCUUAAUACUCUUUUAACACAAUAUAAUUUAAUACUUUUUUGGUAACACUUUACAAUAAGGUUCUAGUAAAUGCAUUAGUUAUGAACUUACAAUAAACAUUAUAUUUUAACAGCAUUUAUUAAUCUUAGUAAAUGUUCAUUUAUGUUGGCUCAUACUGCAUUAACUAAAGUUAAAGUAUAGAACUUUUCAUUUAAAAAAUGUAUUAAUACAUGUCAAAAUUAACAUCAGCUAAGAUUAAAGGAAUAGUUCACCCUAAAAUGAAAAUUCUCUCAUCAUUUACUCACCCUCAUGCCAUCCCAGAUGUUUAUGACUAUCUUUCUUCUGCUGAACACAAAGAUUUUUAGAAGAAUAUCUCAGCUCUGUUGGUCCAUACAAUGCAAGUCAACAGGGUCCAGAACUCUGAAGCUCAAAAAAGCACAUAAAGGCAGCAUACAAGUAAUCCACUUGACUCCAGUGGUUUAAUCCAUGUCUUCUGAAGCGAUAUGAUAGGUGUGGGUGAGAAACAGAUCAAUAUUAAAGUCCUUUUUUACUAUAAAUCUCCACUUUCACUUUCACAUUCUUCUUUUGUUUUUGGCGAUUCGCAUUGUACAUGCAUAUCGCCACCUACUGGGCAUGGGGGACAAUUUAUAGUUAAAAAAUGAGGGUGAAUAAAUGAUGACAGAGUUUUCAUUUUGGGGUGAACUAUUCCUGUGCUGUUACAAAGAAAAUGUUACAAAGAAAAAAAAAGUGCUGUUGAAGUAUUGUUCCUUAUUAGUUUAUUUAAACUAAUGUUAACGAAUAUAAACUUUAUUGUACAGUGUUCCAUUUGUUUCUUUUGAUUUUGGGGCAAAAUAUGACCAGGACAUCUUCGAGAUUCACCCAUUGAUCAAGCAUUCUAAAUGUUCAGUACAGGCCGUUUACAGUCUGUGUAUGAUGCAUUAGACACUAAGUGAUCACUUUAUGAAGAGUACGAAAUAUAAAUAGACCUUGACCUCUUUCACAAGGUUAAACAUUUAAGUUAAUAUGACUGUCCAGGGCCAAGCCUCCUUCGAACAACUUUGUAAGAGUUAAAAACACAACUGUAUACCCUAUUGGAUGUAUUUUUUCAGAGGUAUUUUGAAUGUUAACAGGAUGAUUGCACUUUUUGAUGUUUUGUUAUGUUGGCCUAAGCCUUAUUUAUUGUUUAUAACUUAAAUGUGCAGAGCUUGUUUUCAUAUUUGUGUGCCUGUAUGUGUGUGCCUGUGUGCAUGCUUGUGUGUGUGUGUGUGUGUGUGCGUGCAUAGACAUGCAUACGUUUUUAGAACCUAUUUCAAUUAUAUGUUCUAUUGUUGCCUUUUAUCGUUCUCUGUCAUACCAGUGAAAGGAAACAAUAAGUCUGCUUGGAUGUUGGGUAUGUAGUUUUUUUAAAGCUGGAGAAUAUCUUGGGAAGGCCCACUGUACCCUCAACUUCUCUUUUAGUAUUUAGUAUGAAAAUGAAUGGCAUAUUUUAAAAAAAUUUGCAAAGUUACUAUAACUAUAACUGUGAUGAUAAUAUGCAUAACACACGCUGAAGGUCUGUAUUCAGUAGCACAGACAUAAGCUUUUUCUAAAAGGUCCUUUGCAUGCUUUAUUUCCCCCUGGGUGAAUUUUUCUGGUUUGUAUAGUAUGGGUGAUUCUCACGAAACCUGUCAGGUAAAUGUCCUGGUCAUACCCCAGAUCAUUAAAAAAAAAAAAUGAAAUUAUAUUUUGCAUAAAGAAAAUGAAGCCUACAUUUAGAGGACCCUUACGUUUUUUUUUGUGGGGGCGGGGGGCAUUGUGACAUUGCAACAUUUACUGUUUCCAUUGUUUUCCAUCAUGAUUCUCAUUACUGUACUACAGUAAAAAAUAUGCUGUUGUACAAUGAUUUGUAAAAUAAAAAUAUAAGAAAAUGAAAGGCUGGACCAAGGGAGUACUACUAUAACUUAAUAAUAUAAAUAAUAUAUCAUUUUUUCACAUGGUGGUAAUUAAUAUAUCAUAGUAAAAAUCUCUUCGCAUUGCAGUAAUGAGUAUUGGAGAGUUAAAUGUAAAUGUCACAAUGGCCUUAAAAUAAGAUUCAUUUUCUAUUUAAUAUACUGUGUGUAUAUUAUUAUUUUUAUUGUUUUUUAGGAAAAACGGACCAGGACAUUUUCUUUACAGGUUUGGUAACUAGGUCCAUCUCUCAGAAACAUGUCCAGGUCAUAUUUCAUCCCAAAUGUAAAAAAAUUAAUCCAAAUAGUAUAGUACAAAAAAGACUACAUUUUCUCAAAAAAAAGAAAAAAAAAAAUAUAUAUAUAUAUAUGUGUGUGUGUGUGUGUGUGUGUGUGUGUGUGUGUUUUAAAAUAUAUACAGUUGUGCUCAAAAGUUUGCAUACCCUGGCAGAAAUUGUGAAAUUUUGGCAUUGAUUUUGAAAAUAUGACUGAUCAUGCAAAUACACUUUUUUUUGCCAUUUAAACCUGUGUGUGUCAUCUUGUGUGUUUGUAACAAGGCCAAACAUUCAAGGGUAUGUAAACUUUUGAUCAGGGCCAUUUGGGUGAUUUCUGUUAUCAUUAUGAUUUAAAAAGGAGCCAAACAACUAUGUGAUAAUAAAUGGCUUCAUAUGAUCACUAUCCUUAAAUAAAAGACAGUUUUUUUUUGCAUGAUCAGUCAUAUUUUCAAAAUCAAUGCCAAAAUGUCACAAUUUCUGCCAGGGUAUGCAAACUUUUGAGCACAACUGUAUAUAAUUUUAUUUAUUUUAUUUUAUUUAUUUUUUUUUUUAAAGAGGGAAAUAUAACUUGGACAUGUUCUUGUAAAAAAAAUUGAAAUUCACCCCUCUAUGGUCUUUUUAUUUUCUUCCCGGGAGCUAUACCACUAAAUCAAAAAUGUUAUCAAAAUUAGUAUAACGUCUCUUUCGGAAGAGAUUUUUAAAUCAAUAUGUCCAUCAUCCUUGUAUUUACAUAUUUAAAAAUAUCCCAGACCCCAAAAUUUGGGAACAGAUUUGUACACUUAAAUUUUUUGCUAGACUUUAGCAUGAAAAACUUGUCUAAAAGUAAUUUUAGGAGGACUCAGGCAUAUUGCAUUCCUCUAGCAUUGGUGAUAUCAAUGAUAUUCUGUAAAUAAUAUAAAUAAUGUGCAAAUCGCAGACCAUGUAAAAGCUUUCUGGUUGAUGGGAUCUUGCAACAGUAAAAUUAUACAGAUCACAUGAUCAUGUUUGACUAUAUAUUGUAGAUAAGUAAAUGUUCAAAUUUAUGUUAUUCCAAAUAUAUUUCUCUUCAUUCAUAUUUUUACAGAGUGAAAAUGAUGGUGUUUUCAUUUAGUUGGUUCUAUUCAUUCUUUAAUGCCUUUUCAUUGGAUCUUACUAUUGUACGUAUAACUGGUUUAUUGUGGUAAAUUGCCACAUAGUUGAGUGUCAUUGGAGUAUAAAAAUUUGAAAAGUAUUGCAUCAAAGCAAACUUUUUAAAACCUCCAAUUGAGCCUGUGUUCUGCUGAUUUGGCGAUCUAGACCCUGGACUCAUGUCAAUCAAGCGAUCCUUAAACAGAUUUGGAAGAGGUGCAGGAUGUCUUGUCUCUGCAUGAGCAUUGCCAACUUUUACAACUUCUUUUUUUCACCUGAUUUUGUUUUUAAUUGCUUAUUUAAAUUGUGCACAAUUCAUAUUUGCCAUAUUUUUAAGGUUCAUAAAAAUAUUUUGGACUUAAUUUAGGUGAUAGACUGUUUUUGUGUAUUAGGGAGUCUCAUUAGAAAGCUUUUUAGGCCACAACCAGGAGCAAAACCGAUGACAUGUUUCCAGUGAUGUUGCUUCUUGAAGCCAGUCACAACAGUCAUAAAUGCAGAGCCAAAGAAGAUCCUGCUGUUUUAAAUGGCCUUUCUCUGCUCAUCUGAAAGACCCAAUGAACUGAACGUGACUCUAACCUCUGCUAGAAGCCAGUUUUCCAUGUUUCAUCUGAAAAAUCGUUUUCAUAUGAACUGCAAAUUAACUAAACAUUGUAAAAAAAAAAAAAAAAAAUGUUAUGGCUGUGAUAUUUUCUCAGUUUUCUCAUUCGCCAUGUAAUAUUGAUGUGAUGAAUCACAUUUUUUGUUUUGUGUAAUUCUGUACAGAUGAU